GCAGGCACGCGCAGGAGCAGACGGAGCUGUCAGCUGCUAGCUGAGUUAGCCGCUAGCUUCAGUUAUAGUCGCAGUUUUUGAGUGUGUGAGCGUCUGUGCGCGAGUGUGUGUGAGCUGCUGCACGUUUCUACCGUUCCCGAAGUCCCCCCGCAGUGUGUCGCGUGCUGUUUGUUUACGCAUAUAAGUCCCGCCUCCAGAAACAGUGGUGUUUUCUGUGUGGAACCAGCAGCGCGUGCCUGUCACGGAAGUUUAGCCAGCAGAGAGAAACAAACCGUGGGAGAAGUCAACACUAGGCGAAGGCCUGAAGUCACGUCAUUUACAGCCCGCAACACUAUACAUGAUGCUGAAGUACAGUGUAGUUCGUGGCGGCCUCAGCUUGUUGGCCGUCAGGAGGGUGUGUCUUCUGUCCCGCUCCACCCAUUCGGCCCCCAAGAGCCAGUAUCAGCCGAUCAAGAAAGUCAUGGUAGCAAACAGAGGUGAGAUUGCUAUCCGUGUUUUCAGAGCCUGCACCGAACUCGGGAUUCGAACUGUGGCCGUGUACUCUGAGCAAGACACCGGACAGAUGCACAGGCAGAAAGCAGAUGAGGCGUACCUGAUCGGUAAAGGCCUGCCACCUGUUGCGGCGUACCUCGACAUCCCUGACAUCAUCAAAGUGGCAAAGGAUAACAACGUGGACGCUAUCCAUCCAGGGUACGGCUUCCUCUCAGAGCGCGCAGACUUUGCCCAGGCCUGCGCGGAUGCAGGGGUGAGGUUUGUUGGGCCGAGUCCAGAAACGGUCCGCAAGAUGGGAGACAAGGUGGAGGCUCGUUCAAUCGCCAUCAGUGCAGGCGUACCUGUAGUCCCAGGAACAGAUGCACCCAUCUCCAGCCUGCAGGAGGCGCAGGUGUUUGCAAAAACAUAUGGUUUCCCCAUCAUCUUCAAAGCGGCCUACGGAGGCGGCGGUCGGGGCAUGAGGGUCGUCAGAGAGUAUGAGGAACUUGAGGAGAAUUACCAGCGCGCCUACUCUGAAGCCUUGGCUGCUUUUGGCAACGGAGCUCUGUUUGUUGAGAAGUUUAUUGAAAAGCCGAGACACAUCGAAGUGCAGAUCCUCGGUGAUAAAUACGGUAAUGUUGUCCACCUCUAUGAGAGAGACUGCUCCAUUCAGCGGAGACACCAAAAGGUUGUGGAGAUUGCACCUGCUGUUCAGCUUGAUCCUCAUCUGAAAAACCGGCUCCACUCCGAUGCUGUCAACCUUGCCAAACAGGUGUCCUAUGAGAAUGCAGGGACAGUGGAAUUCUUGGUGGACAAACACGGCAAGCACUACUUUAUUGAAGUCAACUCGCGGCUCCAGGUUGAGCACACAGUCACCGAGGAAAUCACGGAUGUGGACCUGGUGCACGCCCAGCUGCAUGUGUGUGAGGGCCGCAGUCUGUCUGAACUGGGCCUCAAACAAGAAAAGAUUCGGGUGAACGGCUGUGCGAUCCAGUGCAGAGUGACAACCGAAGACCCAGCCAGAGGCUUCCAACCAGACACUGGGAGGAUUGAGGUCUUCCGAAGCGGUGAAGGCAUGGGCAUCCGCCUGGACAGUGCCUCGGCCUUCCAGGGCGCCGUCAUUUCACCCCACUAUGACUCCCUGCUGGUCAAAGUCAUCGCCAGCGGGAAAGAUUUGCGAACGGCAGCUUUGAAGAUGAGUCGCGCCCUGGCUGAGUUCAGAAUACGGGGGGUCAAGACCAACAUUCCAUUUCUCCAGAAUGUUCUGUCCAACAACCAGUUCCUCCAUGCCACAGUGGACACCCAGUUUAUUGACGAGAACCAGGAACUCUUCAACCUCAAGCCCACUCAGAACCGAGCCCAAAAGCUGUUGCACUACCUGGGUCAUGUGAUGGUGAAUGGACCAACCACACCCAUCCCGGUCAAAGCCAAACCCUCCUCCAUUGACCCUGUUAUCCCUCCUGUCUCCGUGGGUGACCCUCCGGUUGGUUUCCGUGAUGUUCUAUUGCGGGACGGUCCUGAGGGCUUCGCCAAGGCUAUCCGCGCCCACAAAGGUCUCCUGUUAAUGGACACUACUUUUAGGGAUGCCCACCAGUCGCUCCUGGCAACCAGAGUUCGAACCCACGAUCUGAAGAUGAUCUCGCCAUUCGUCAGCCACAACUUCAGCAACCUUUACAGUCUGGAAAACUGGGGUGGUGCUACAUUUGACGUGGCCAUGCGGUUCCUGUCAGAGUGUCCAUGGAAAAGACUUCAAGAGCUGAGAGCUUUGAUCCCAAAUGUCCCGUUCCAGAUGUUGCUGAGAGGAGCCAACGCCGUGGGCUACACCAACUACCCCGACAACGCCGUCUUUAAGUUCUGUGAGGUGGCCAAGGAGAACGGCAUGGAUAUCUUUCGAGUGUUCGAUUCCCUGAACUACUUGCCAAACAUGUUGCUCGGCAUGGAGGCUGUCGGAAAAGCAGGGGGCGUCAUAGAAGCUGCCAUCUCGUACACCGGCGACGUCUCUGACCCGAUGAGACAAAAGUACUCCAUGGAUUACUACGUGAACUUGGCAGAUGAGCUUGUUAAAGCCGGAACUCACAUUCUGUCCAUUAAGGAUAUGGCUGGCCUGCUGAAGCCAGAGGCCAGUAAGCUCUUGAUUGGCACUCUGAGGGACCGCUUCUCAGACAUGCCCAUCCACGUGCACACUCACGAUACAGCGGGAGCCGGUGUUGCAGCCAUGUUGGCGUGUGCGGAGGCGGGAGCCGACGUAGUCGAUGUGGCUGUGGAUUCUAUGUCCGGGAUGACUUCUCAGCCCAGCAUGGGAGCCAUCGUGGCCUGCACCAAAGGGACCAAAUUAGACACCGGCAUUGCUCUCGAUAAGGUCUUUGACUACAGUGAAUAUUGGGAAGGAGCCAGAGGUCUUUAUGCGGCAUUUGACUGCACUGCCACAAUGAAAUCUGGCAAUGCUGACAUCUAUGAGAAUGAGAUACCCGGAGGACAGUACACCAACCUGCAUUUCCAGGCUCACAGCAUGGGAUUGGGAAAUAAGUUCAAGGAGGUGAAGAAGGCCUACGUAGAAGCAAACAAACUCCUUGGAGACCUGAUCAAGGUCACGCCGUCCUCUAAGAUUGUGGGCGACCUGGCGCAGUUCAUGGUGCAGAACAGCCUGACCAGAGCUGAGGCGGAAGAGAGAGCUGACGAGUUGUCCUUCCCUCUUUCCGUGGUGGAGUUCCUGCAGGGAUACGUCGGCAUUCCGCACGGAGGAUUCCCGGAGCCGUUUAGAUCAAAGGUCCUCAAGUCUCUCCCUCGUAUCGAAGGCCGACCCGGCGCCUCGCUAGCACCAAUGGACUUCAAAGCUCUGGAGGAGGGGCUGCGAGCUGCUCACGGUGAUGACAUCAGCCCGGAGGAAGUGAUGUCUGCGGCAAUGUACCCCAAAGUGUUUGAGGAGUUCAAAGAGUUUACAAGCAACUUUGGACCAGUAGACUGCCUCAACACCAGGCUGUUCCUGGAUGGGCCAAAGAUAGCUGAGGAGUUUGAGGUGGAGCUGGAGAGGGGUAAGAUUCUCCACAUCAAGGCCUUGGCUCUGGGCGAUCUAAACCAGGCUGGCCAGAGAGAGGUGUUCUUUGAGCUCAACGGACAGCUGCGAUCUGUGUUGGUCAAAGACACCGUUGCAAUGAAGGAAAUGAAGUUCCACCCAAAGGCACAGAAAUCCAUUAAAGGUCAAGUGGGGGCGCCAAUGCCUGGCAAAGUGCUCGAGGUCAAAGUGCAAGUUGGUGACAAGGUGGAGAAGGGACAGCCGCUGUGUGUCCUGUCUGCUAUGAAGAUGGAGACUGUGGUCAAUUGUCCACUCAGUGGCACCGUCAAGGCCGUCCAUGUCACAAAUGACACCUCUCUGGAGGGAGAUGACCUGAUCUUGGAGAUUGAGGAGUAG